AUGUCCUACCUCUACAACGCCCUAUCCUCCAUCCCCGCAAACAUCUUUGGCUCUUCGACACCACCACCACGUGCCCGUACUCGCCGCCGCAUGCCGUCGAAACGCAGAGCCAGAGGCGAUGUGGGCGGGCGUGCUGCUAAGAUUGCACGGUAUGAUGGGUCGGGUGGGGAUUAUGUAACGGCGGAGUAUGAGACUCUGGAUGAGGAGGGGAAGGUGGGCCAAUGGGAGAGCGUUUGGGUGUCUGGGGAGGAGGAGAUGAUGGAUGAGGGUUGGGAGGAUAGGGGGGAGAUGUGGGAUUAUGCGGAGGAUGGGGAGGGAGAUGAAGACGAAGAGGAAGAGGAAGGAGAGGAAGAAGAAAAAGAAAACAAACAUACCUCCCCAACCAACCCCCCCAUCAUCCUCCUCUCCUCGCCCUCGCCCUCGCCCUCCUCCAUCGAGAAUAGAGAACCCACCCCAACCCCUCCCGCCCCCACCCCAUCUACCCUCCGCGCCGCCGCAAAAAAAACAUACACCAAAGCGCGCCGCCUACUCCAGGAAAUGCCGCCAGGAAGUCGAGCAGAUAAAGUGGCGGAACUGCUGCGCGAGGUGAAGAGGGAUUUGGAGCGGGGGGGUGGUUUGGAUUCCGACGAAAUCGACGAGUUUGAAUUCGACGAGUCCAACGAGUACGGCAAUGACGAUGACGCCGAUGAUGAUAAGCCAAAAAAGGGUUCCAUACCGACACACACAUCCCAAGAAGCACCACAAGGAGGGAAAAAAGCGGCCAAGACAGUGGCAUUUGCCGCCACAGGGAGGUGA